AUGCGAAUUUUUUCAGGUGACAACAAGGUAGUUGAUUCCCUCGCCUCUAACCCUGGAUUAAUGAGUCCAUCGAAUUUUGGCGGUGACUUCGGUUCACGACUAAAAGUAAAUGUAACAUCAAAAAAGAAACUUAACGACUCAUCACCAACUUCUCCCAUGGAAAGUUCACCAGUUUCACCUGAGUUGGUGCCUAUUCUAACACUGCUAAAUGCACAUACACAUAGAAGAUAUCAUGAAGGCGUGUUUUUGAUUUUACAAGACCUUAACAACAAUGGCACUCAUGCAGCAAGGAAAUGGAAGGACGUAUAUGGGGUACUGUUGGGUACUCAACUAGCCCUUUGGGACGCCAAGGAACUAGCAGAAUUCACUGAUCCGUCUUGUCCGGUCUCUGAAAAGAAACUGAAGGAAGUUGCUUCCAAACCCACUUAUAUCAAUUUGACAGAUGCUACACUAAGAACUUUGGAUAACUCCGAUAAUAUCGUAAUGGAGUGUGGAAAAAACCUCACUAAUGCAUUGGUGGUUUCUACUACGCUGAAAAACCGAUAUUUCUUACAAUUCGGUAACAAAGAGUCUUUCAACGCAUGGAAUUCUGCUAUACGAUUAUGUUUAUACGAAUGUUCUUCGUUACAAGAGGCUUACACAGGCGCAUUUAUUUCAAGUAGAGGCGCAAAAUUAGGUGAUAUCAGAAUUCUCCUUACGAAUAGAAAAUAUGAUUACAAGGAUUGGGUCAGCGUCAGAUUCGGAGCAGGUAUGCCGUGGAAGCGCUGCUAUGCGGUAAUCUCUCAAUCUAGCAGUAAGAAAAAGGGUCAUUUUGGUGAAAUAAAUCUUUAUGAAAAUGACAAGAAAGUGAAGAAAAACCAUGCAAUGGCUACUAUUGUAGAGGCAAAGGCGCUUUAUGCUGUUUACCCGUCCUCCCCUAAACUAAUAGAUUCCUCUACAAUCAUUAAAGUCGUAGGUUCUGUGAAAUUUGAAAAAAAGGAGUCUGCUCAGGAAAAGGAUGUCUUUAUUAUGCCCGAGAAGCAUCAAGCUGUACCAAGUUAUGACACUAUAAUAAGGUUUUUAAUACCGGCUAUGGAUACUUUUAAACUAUAUGGAAGACCAGAGAAAUUAUUGUCAAGCAAGAACGACCCACAUUCACUUUUGUUUGGUUUGCCAGUUUUGCCACAUAUAUACUACUUGGAAGUGGAGGAUUUACUUCCAUUGACUAAUUCUGUAUCAAGCUUACACUGGUCGAAUAACGAAUGGAAGGAACAUAUCAGUGAUAUUUUACAAAGGAAAAUAGCACAAGGCUACUGUGGGUGUAAUUCUACUUCCAAUAUUACUUCUCCUCUACCUUCUCCUUUCCUUGGUUCAGCAGACUUAUUUGAAAGGGCCGAUGGUGUUUUAUCACCGAAACUUUCUUACGGGUCUAAAUCUUCUUCGAAUAACAGCUCGAAGAACAGUUUGCCAAAGAGAGAGCGUGUAAAAUUGUCAUCUUCUUCUGAACAGGACCUUAAUAACUCUGAUAGUCCAUCUAUUAAACGUAAAAGUCCUCCACUAGUGAUAUCUGAAAGUCCACACAAAGUCCACACACCUACUGAUGCAUCCUUCAGAACAAGAGUGACAGAAGGUUCACCUUAUGCGAAGCAAAGACAUCCCAAGCCGUUUGCGUCAUCUGUAAACGAUUCACCAUCAGACAGAGCCAAGUCGAGGACAGUUCCUUACAAUAAUAACGACAGGAAAGCGACCACUCCUGAGAAAUUUGAAAGAGGAGAAACCUCUUGUGGUAAGAACGUGGACGAAAGUUUGGAAAAGGUCCGGAAUAUGAAGUUAGAAAUUCCCGAGUCCAAUUUUGACAAGUUCAUGACAGACAAAAAUCUGUUGUCUGUGGAUUCUAAAUGCUCUAAUGAGAAGAAGCUCUCUGUGGAAUCAGAUUUGUCUGCAAUCUACGAAAAAUACUCCAAUGGUCCCUUUGGUCACACUGAGGGUCUUAACGGAUCUUCUGAUGAAACUUACCUUCGUUUUCAACGGGCGUCAGUUCAUUCAGAGAGCAACUACAAUUCAAGAAAAUCCUUUACACCAAGUGACUUUUCUAAUGGCAAUGAGGAAGAACAUGCCGUUUUACAAGAAUUAAAUAGUUUAACCCAAAGAAUUAAUGAACUAGGCAUGGAAAGUAUAAAUUCAAACUCCGAUUCGGACAGAAUAAACGGGUCAUAUUCACAAGUGGAUUUUGGUAACAAUAACGACGAGGACGAUAUGAACCUGUUCGACCCAGAUUUUAUGGCACAAGACCAAUUGCGUGCUGAAGAAAGAGACUACAACAAGGAUGAUAGAACACCCUUAGCUAAGGUCCCUGCGGCCUUUCAAUCAACUGGAUUGGGCAUAACCCCCGAUGACGAUAUCGAGAGACAAUACAUAACGGAACACAGAUCACGACAUGAAGUGCCAAAGCGGUCUCCCGAGAAACCCUCCAACCCGCUGGAAAUAGGUAACCCAUACGCGAAACCUGGCACAAGGUUGAAUACCACUCACACCCACAGCAAAACUGAUCGUAGCAUUACCCCUCAGAGGGGCCAGCCAGUCCCAUCAGGCCAGCAGAUUUCCUCCUACGUGCAGCCAGCAAACAUUAAUAGUCCUAACAAAAUGUAUGGUGCAAACAACUCGGCAAUGGGUUCGCCCAGGAAUCCAAAGACGAGAGCGCCACCAGGUCCAUACAAUCAGGGAUGGAAUAACCGCCCCUCGCCUUCAAAUAUUUACCAACGUCCUCAUCCCUCAGAUACACAACCACAAGCAUAUCAUCUCCCCGGAAACCCAUACUCAACGGGGAACAGGCCAAACAUGCAAGCGCAAUAUCACCCGCAGCAGGUGCCCAUGCCUAUCCUGCAGCAGCCCAAUCGCCCGUACCAACCUUAUGCGAUGAAUACGCACAUGGGCUCUCCUGGCGGAUAUGCUGGGGCAGCACCACCAUUUCAGCCAGCUAACGUCAACUACAAUACUAGGCCUCAGCAGCCAUGGCCUACACCUAACUCACCAUCCGCACACUACCGUCCGCCCCCUAACCUGAACCAGCCUCAAAACGGUAGUGCUGGUUACUAUCGUCCGCCGGCACCACAAUUGCAAAACUCCCAAGCCCGUCCACAAAAGAAGGACGGAUUCUCACAGUUCAUGCCAUCUGCAACUACGAAGAACCCAUAUGCCCAGUAA